UCACAUGAGAAGAUUGCUGAUGAAGGGCCAUCAGUCACUGAACUGGAAAUGUUUUUCUCGGGAUAUCCUCGAAUGGUGGGGCUGCUCUACUUCCCAAAUUUAGUUGUUCUUACAUUAGUGAAGCAGGAUAUCAGACGAAUUGAAGGUUUGGAAGCAUGUCCUCUGCUUACUCAACUAUGGAUUGUUGAGUCUCAUUUAGUGGACAUUGAAGGAUUAGAUUAUUGUACAAAUCUUCAAAGACUCUACUUGUAUUACAAUCGGAUCACUAAGAUUAAAAAUCUGGAAAAUCUAAAGAAGUUGGAGAUUCUUUGGUUGAACAAUAAUAAAAUUAAAGUUAUAGAAGGACUAAAUACAUUGACGCAUCUCAAGGAGCUGAAUCUUGCUGGUAAUUUAAUUGAUGUGAUUACUGACUCUUUGGACUCCAAUGUUCAGCUAGAAUGGCUGAACCUCUCAGGAAACAGAAUAUGCUCUUUUAAGGACCUCUCAAAUUUAGCAAGACUACCUGAGCUUCAAAUAUUAAGUCUAAAGGAUCCUCAGUAUACGCCAAAUCCUGUCUCUCUUCUCUGUAACUAUAUGACACAUGUAGUGUACCACAUUCCAAAGCUUCUGAGACUAGACACUUAUGAUGUGUCCAGUAAACUGGCCAAGGACUUUGCUGAGUCAACUGUGAUGAAAAAGAUAAUGUAUUACAGCAUGCGUGUAAAGAACACCCGUCGACAACUAGCUGAAAUUGUAGAAAGGCUGCAGAAGCAACUGAGUUCGUUGCAGGAGGUACCUAAGGAGCGAAUAAAAACCAUCAGCUUCUGCAUUAAAACCCUAGAAUCUGAAUUGACAAUACUGCAUUUGAGCAAAAGGCAAAAUACCCUAUUGACCGUUCUGAAUGGGUUGAAGAAUAAAGAAGGAAUGCAUAGCAGUAGCAGUUCUGUAAAGAACAGCACAGAAGAUUUAAAUGCAGAACAGAAAAUGUGUCAAAAACUGGAUGCUCUGAAAGAAAGACUAAUAUUUUGGAACAACAGGCUGGAUGAAACUGAAGCAAGGUAUCAGACUGAAGUAACGCCAAUAACUGAAUUUUUUAAUUUGAGUGUUCUAUUUCUGUUAAUUGAACUGGAAACCGUGGGAAAUAUUCGCUUUGAGGAAGGCACAUCCUCUGAUGUAUGGUUCACUUCCUGCCAUGAUGUAAUCUUAUCUCGAUUCUGUGCUUGGGACUUCAAAAAACUUGGAGUGACGGGGCUAAAAAUAAAUCGCAUAGUCAGAGUUCACAAUCGAAUGCUAAGGCUGAAAUAUGAGGAUAAGAUCCAAUCUAUUUUGAGCAAAGAAGGAUCAACAUAUAAAUCAGAAAACUACAGUAAGAUGCUGGAAUACUUGUUUUAUGUAUAUGAUCCAGAAUUAUCCACCGAACAGAAUGAAAUUCAACAGAUUCUUGAGGAUGGGUUCAAAAAAGCAGAAGUGUAUCGGGCUCUAGGUCGUGAUGAGGCAGUCCCUCUCUGUAAUAGUAUGAGCUUAUGUGAACAACCCAGAAUUGAAUACUUGCUGGGACAAGCUAAAGCCCAGAAUGGAAAUUUUAUUGAUCCAGUACCUUUCAGAUAUGGUCAGCUCAUUAUUGCCAAAGUCUUCCUUGGUCACAGUGUUCAGGCCAUUGAUUCAGAGUCAGUUGAACAGACGAAGUACCCAAAUGCAGAUUCUGUCUAUAGACCUCGAAAAUAUUUAAUGCAUUCCAUAAAACUACAUGGCUGCUGUGAUUGCAGUCUGCGUCAAUAUGAGUGGUUUGUGUUUGACCAUGAUCUUGUCGUGCCUGAAUAUUUUAUUGACUUUGAAUACAUAACACAGAAUGAUCUACAAUUAUUUUCUGCAUUUUCUGAAAAUAAAACAUCUCAAAGGAAGCAAAGUAAAGCAGAAAUAAUGAUUACACAACAAGCCAAGGCGCUUGAUGAAGAAGUUCUAAAAAUGGAUCCUGUUGUGAAGCAAAUGCCUAAAAUCCUAAAUCUGGAUGAGAUGACACUACUUUCUAUAUCUGGAGCUUCAAUAUUGGGUCAAAUCACAAUUCUGAACUUGCACGGAAAUAGCCUGAGUAAGCUAAAGGGUAUCUCCAAACUGACAAAUUUGCAGAAACUUACUGUCAGUUUCAAUGAACUUGUGCAGUUAGAUGACCUUUCAAAUCUGCCUUACCUAGAAUUUUUGGAUGCUAGCCACAACCAGUUGAUAACAUUAGGUUUCAAUGGAGUGGAAAAUCUCAAAUAUUUGGAUUUGAGUUGGAAUCAACUAACGUACAUGAAGAAAGAAAUAGGAGUCCUUUGUAAACAUGCAUUAGACCUUCUUACACUUGAUCUCCGUCAUAAUCCAUGGAAAAAGCCUGUGUUAUUACGCCCGAUAGUUAUUGGCCAAUUAAACACACUCACUUUUCUGAAUGGAUGCAUUGUAACCAGGGAAGAAGCUGCAACAGCCCCGCAAUUUACUGCUGAAUCAAGGCUUACACAGGCUUCUUUAUUAGCUCAUUCCCGGACUGAUGAAGAGCACCCUCGUUGCCUCAGUUUAUUGAACUGUGCUCAGAAUCUAACUCAGUUAAGCAAAAUGAAGCCAGAUCCAUCUGUCGACCAAGCCACCUCCUGGCUUACUAAGAUUACUACAUUAAAUUUAGAUGGACAGAAUCUUUCACAACUCACUAAUCUAGAGAGGCUGCAGAAUUUGCGCUGGGCUUCAUUUAACAACAACAGCAUCCGCAGAUUUGAAGGACUGGAUCACUGCCUCCAACUUGAAGAACUUUCUCUGGAAGACAACUUUAUUUCUGAACUUGAAGGGAUUUCAAAACUGACCAAGCUGACUCGAUUGAAUCUUGGUAAUAAUCAGUUGAAAAAUAUGGAAGGCUCAGGUCUAGAUAGGUUAACACAUCUCCACUAUUUGUCACUGGAAGGCAACAAAAUUCGUUCACUACGCAGUUUGCAGAAAAUAUAUACCCUGAUAGAACUCUACUUGGGAAACAAUCUCAUACAUAAUAACUGCGAGAUCUACCAUUUAAAGGGAAUGGAGAACCUUGUCAUAUUGGACUUGUAUGGAAACCCAUUGGUUUAUAAACAGGAACACUAUCGCUUCUUCGUCAUCUAUCACCUGCCUUCAUUGAGGGCCUUUGAUGGAAAUGUAGUGGAACCAGCACAAUCUGAAAAUGCAAAAGAUGUGUUUGGUGGUAGACUCACCUCUGACAUGGUUACAGAGAGACUGGGGCAUUCAAACUUUUCAGAAAUCUUAAAGUUGGAAAUGCCCGAAUCUGCAAUCAGAUCCGUAGAUCUUGGACCUUCAGAGAAAUUUGGACGUUUACAAAGAAUCAACUUGGAACACAAUAACCUUACAUCCUUCAGCGGUCUAGUCUAUCUCCCUCGUGUCAAAGUGCUUUAUUUAAACCACAACCACAUUGAGACCAUUUUACCGAGACAAAAGCCUCAACUUCAUUUGACCAAUAGACAGAUUCUUCAGCAGAAGGUCUCUUCCAGUGGCUAUGGACAGCCAGGACUUUCCAGGAGCAACAGAGACACAAGUUAUGAAAGUCUCCCUCCAGUUAUGGAAAGCUUGGAAGUACUUCAUUUAGGAUACAAUGGCAUUUCUAGCCUGGCUCAGCUACAGUUGAAUAGACUCAUAAAUUUGAGAGUGUUGUAUUUAGAAGGCAAUUUUAUUAGUCAGAUUGAGGGGCUUGAUCGCCUUCAGUACCUUGUUGAAUUAUCAUUGGAGCGAAACAGAGUCCGAAUGAUCCAUGAGAGCUCCUUUUUGGGCCAAAAUGCUCUCCUUGAGCUCCAUUUAGAAGAAAAUAGGAUGCGUGAUCUUAACAACCUAUAUCCACUGGCAAAACUGCAGCGACUUUUCCUUGGUGCAAACAAAAUCCAGGAUAUAGGUGAACUGGAAAAACUUGAUUCACUUCCAAAUUUGACAGAGCUUUCAGUUGUUGGAAAUCCUGUCUCUCGUAAAAUGUUGUAUCGUCCAUUCCUAGUGUUUCGAUUGACAAGGCUUCAGAUAUUAGAUGGUGUACCAGUCACUAUGGAUGAGAAAGAAAGAGCUGAAUUUCUAUUGUGUGAGCACAGUGCAAUGUCUUCAAAUCCUCCAGUAGAAACAGGGCUGUGUGCAAUUAUGCCGUUGUUAACAAGGCCCAAUACAUUGAGGGUGACUAAUAGUCUUCAUAAAGGGUUGCAGGCUUUUUCACCACCGGAAUUCAAUCUGCCACAUGGCUUUGGGGACUCAGUGCCACAGGAAACAGCCAGAAAUAAGAAGCACAAGCAUUUGGGUGGGAACAUACCUAAUACUCGCAGCUUCCAACCAGACAUUAUUUGUAGACAGAUGAGAAGUGGUGGAACCUAUCAACCUUCUUUUAUGCAGCAACAGAGGGAUAGUUCUCGCAAUAUGCGAACAUUAAUGCAAAUCCAAGAUCAAGAGAGCAGGAAGUUCCAUUUUGAAAUGCAAAUAGUAUAG